GAGAAGGUGAGAAGGGACUUUUCCCUUCCCCCGAUAGCCCGCAAGGAUGAGCAAUAUUUACAUCCAGGAGCCGCCUACCAACGGAAAGGUUUUAUUGAAAACAACAGGUGGUGAUAUUGACAUAGAACUAUGGUCAAAAGAAGCUCCAAAAGCAUGUAGAAAUUUCAUUCAACUUUGUAUGGAAGGUUAUUAUGACAACACGAUAUUUCAUAGAGUUGUACCUGGUUUUAUAAUCCAAGGAGGAGAUCCCACUGGUACUGGAACUGGAGGAGAAUCUAUCUAUGGUGCUCCUUUCAAGGAUGAAUUUCACUCACGAUUACGUUUUAAUCGGAGGGGACUGGUUGCUAUGGCAAAUGCUGGACCUCAUGAUAAUGGCAGCCAGUUUUUCUUCACCUUGGGUCGUGCAGAUGAACUUAACAACAAACAUACCAUUUUUGGAAAGGUAACAGGAGAUACAGUUUAUAAUAUGCUGAGAUUGACAGAAGUGGACAUUAAUGAAGAAGAAAGACCACUUAAUCCACAUAAAAUAAGAAGUUGUGAGGUUUUGUUUAAUCCGUUUGAUGACAUCAUACCAAGAGACAAUAAGAAGCCAAAAAAGGACAAACCAGAAGAAGAAGUAAAGAAAUUGACAACUAAAGGCACAAAAAAUUUUAGUUUACUUUCAUUUGGAGAAGAAGCUGAAGAAGAAGAAGAAGAAGUAAACCGAGUUAGUCAGAGCAUGAAAGGAAAAAGCAAAAGUAGUCAUGACUUGCUCAAGGAUGAUCCACAUCUCAGUUCAGUUCCAGUUGUUGAAAGUGAAAAGGGUGCAGAUUCAGUGACAGGAGAUUCAGAUGCUAAUGAAGAUGAAUGUGAAGAAGAGUAUGAUAGUGAUGAAAAGAAUCAAAUGAAAGAACGAAUUGCUAAAAAAUUGAUAAAGGAUAAAAGUGAAAAUGUUAAAUCUGUUAAAGGAAUAGACAAAGAAAUAGAGAAGAAAUCAGCUAGCCGCAGUGAGGAACUCAAGAAAGAAGUCCGUCUCCUAAAGCGGGAGCUCUUAGCUGCAAAAAAAAAGAGAGAAGAGAGCACUUUUGCCAAACAAGCUGAAAAGAGAAUAGAAGAGGAAGAUGAUGCUUCAGAUAGUGCUGUUGCAGAAUAUAGAAGAGAAAAGAAAAAAUACGAAGUUUUAAAGAAACAACAGCCAAAGAAAGGAUCAUCCCGGGAAGAACAGACACUAGCAUUGUUGAACCAGUUUAAAUCUAAACUCACUCAGGCCAUCGCAGAAACUCCUGAAAAUGAAACUUCUGAAACUGAAGCAGAAGAUGACGAAGGAUGGAUGUCCCAUGUGCUUCAGUUUGAGGAUAAAAGCAGAAAGGUGAAAGAUGCAAGCAUGCAGGAUGAAGACACUUUUGAAAUCUAUGAUCCCCGAAAUCCAGUGAAUAAGAGAAGAAGAGAAGAAAGCAAAAAGAUCAUGAGGGAGAAAAAAGAAAGAAGAUAAAAAGAGAGUAAUGCCCACCGAAACUCAAUGGAAAAGUGCUGGCAGUCUAGCGUCCUUAUAAAAAGCCAUUGUUCCUGAAAACAUCACUUAAGGGUGUGAAAAGAGUAUUUUAUGAACCUGUUGUCUGGUUUUGAGACACAAUAUCUCUUUAUUUUCAGUUGCACAAUGAAGUAAGUAAAUUAUUUGGAUGAUAUCAAGUAGUCCAAGGUUUCCAUGAUGUUUUUUCUAACAUGGCAUUUUGUAUGACUGAUUCCGAACUAAAAUAGUUUUUAUUCCUGUCUGCUUAUUAACCACUCGCACGAUGUACCAACUGAGCUUUGUCUUUUCAGCCUCAAAAGUUGAAAACCACUUAACAGGCACCCAUGGAAAUAAAAUCCAAAUAAAGUCUUCCCAAAUGUC